CUCAUAUUUCCUUGCAGACCGGCACCCGCUCCGUCACUGUGCACCUCCGAAAUGAAUCCGUCCCAGCACAUGACCUUCGCCUUGUACGAGAUGACCACUCACACAAGCAAGAAGGUUCUCCUCUUCAUACUGGAGUGGGGCACUCCCAGGAGGGAUGCAAGCAAGACCUUCUAUGAGUACCUCUUGCAAGUGAAGAGGAUGUCUUUGACAACAAUACGCAAGCAAUUUAAUCAGAGUCAAAGACAAAAGAUAGAGAAGAGUGGUGACAUUGGCACAUUUGAUGUCUCACUCAUAUUUUUAUGCAUUGUCCAUGGGUGUGAUGGACUGGCCCCCCCAGGAGAUGCCAAAUGGACCACUAGAGCAGAGACACUGGAACGAUAUGUGACCUCCAUUAAAACUUAUAGAAAUAAUUUUCUACAUGGAGAAUAUGAUAUUACUCACACAGAAUUUCUUAAGGUGACAGAGGAGCUGAGAGAUCUGCUCAACAAAACCCUCGAGAGAGCAGCUGAAAUCUACAACAUAGGAGAUGAAAUCCUCCAGGGGAUCUUGCAAGAUAUAAACACAGAGAUCAACAGUCUUAGAAACAAUCCCUCACAGGCAACAAAUUCUCACGCAUUAUUCCUCGACAGACAGCGCCAGAUGGUGAAAGUCGAAGGAAAACUAGAGCUGAAGAAGAUUUACAGAGAGGAGUCCAGUUUUGGACCAGCUUCGAAUUUGCUUGGGAAAUCGAAGGUGCGUGUGGACAAGGUCUUCACCACGAUGGAAAUCAAGCAGGAAGGCUCACAAACACAGUUCAUUCAGUAUAGUGAACUUCUCGCAAAGGCGGAGGAGAGACGAGUAGACAAUGGGAAAGACUGUUCCGUGUUGCUCAUUGAAGGGCCUGCGGGUGUUGGCAAGACAACCCUCACAAGGAAGAUGAUAAGUGACUGGGCUUCAGGCACUAGCUCCAUGGAGACUCUCACUGAUUAUGAUUUUGUGUUGUUAAGUAGGUGCCGAGACGAAAUCCAUUCCCUUGGCAACCUACUAGGCACAUUGAUGCCAAAAAUUAAAAUUAAAGUCCAAAGUGAUAAUGACAUGAUGAAUUACUUAUCAGGAAACAGACUCAUGUUCAUUGUGGAUGGGCUCGACGAGAUGAACUCAGCAUCAGAUAGAGUGCUGAGAGAAAUCAUGGGGAUGAGCAGAGACGAUGACAUCACUGUUCUCUGCACAACACGACCCAACAAAGUACCUGACUUCAAGAGAUAUGUGCCGGACAAAUUUGAUAUUAUGCAUGUCAAAGUUUUGGGCAUAGAAGAGAACAAACGUGAAGAGUUUGUAAGAAAUUACAGCUUGGCAUUACAAGACCCAGGCACCGAGAACAAAGACAUCUCUGGUCUCCUCCGGUAUCUGGCAAGGAAAGACAGCCGGAUGCAGGCCCACUGGCGGUUCCCCUUCAACUUGGUCCUCGUGACAAUAUUAUGGUUCUUUGACCCGCAAGCUGUGAACAGUCUGACCACGGCAACGGAACUCUUCACAAAGACACAUGAGUUGUGCAUAAAAAGAUUGCUUCAGAGGCUGUCUGACCAUGAAGAAACACGAACUGUCGAGGGUUUUGAACUGAGAGAUAAAGUUAAGAAAGUUAUGAAGAAGCUCUGUAAAGAGGCAUUUUUAUCACACUGUGAUAAUGCCGUAGUUUUGUCCAGGCCUUCAGUAGAAAGGCUGAAGGGGGCAUGUCGCCCUCCAAGGCUUCCAGCAAAUGAGGUUCUUGGAGCCUUCCUGGUCCUGGCAACUUCUCUGACGGGUGAUGAAGAGAAGUAUAGCUUUCCCCACAAGUCCAUGCAGGAUUUCCUCGCAGCUAUGCAUGUGAAGGAGAUCAUCAUGGCAGACGAAGUGGGACUUAACAUCCCUGAAAUAAUAGAUGGGUUUGAGAACGUUCUGAGUCAUCAAGAAGUUCCUCAAAACAUUAGCAAUUCCCUUAUCAAUGAAAUUAAUUUGGUUUUAUUGAAAUGCCAACGUGAAGCAUCUCGGCAACUACCUAGUAUCCAGAGCGUUCUAGAAGGAGCCACCAAGGAAGCUGCCUUGUACAUCGGCCAAGAGACAAAGUUGGACUUGGUGAAGUACCAGAAUAUUCUCAUUCAUCUCACGGGUUUGCUUCACCUCGGAGGAAAGACACUGGCAGAGGAAAGAGCCACUGAGCUUGUGGAAUUACUCAAGGCCACUGGUAUUCGGGACACAUCUCAGUGGCUGGACUUGCUCUCUGAGGUCAAGUGCGACAACACAAUAACUGCAUUAAUUUCCAAAAAGAUUGAUCUCACUGGAUGCAUAUUUAUAAGAGAUGAACACUUAGCUGCAUUCCUGCGUGUCCUGAGCCACGCACGUCCGUCACCCUUGGUCCUGGACAUCAGCGGCGACCCCGAGGACAUCCCAUCCCUGAGUGAACUCCUAAGGGCAAUGAAAGGCAAGACGUGGGAGGUGAGGCUAUGGCUUCGCCACGACUUCCGACACCCGAGAGCCGGCGGCAGCGUCCUCGAGGAAGCGCUUCAGCAAGUUUUCCGAAGGUGAUGUGCAGCUUUUGAC